AUGGCGACUCUCUUAGGGUUUUCUCAGACGAAGUUUCAUCACUGCGGGGUCUCGAUCUCUUCUCCGCCGUGCUCAUCUUCUUCCACGGUUGUCUCAAUGGUGGGUUCGAGCCGGACUGAUUCAAAGACUCUCCGGUCAGGUUUCCUCGGCCGUAUUGCUUAUGAUGAUCGGAAACUAGUAGGAUCCGAAUCCGGUAAAUUGGGUAGGAGAAGCUCCUUAGCAGUCAAAAUGUCGUGGGACGGUCCUCUCGCUUCCGUCAAGUUAAUCAUUCAAGGGAAAAACCUCGAGUUAUCAGACCCAAUAAAGCAGCAUGUUGAGGAGAAAGUAGGGAAAUCAGUUCAGAAACACAGUCAUCUCGUGAGAGAAGUUGAUGUAAGACUCUCUGUUCGAGGCGGAGAGUUUGGUAAAGGCCCUAGGAUCCGUAGAUGCGAGGUAACAUUGUUUACAAAGAAGCAUGGUGUUGUGCGCGCUGAGGAAGAUGCUGAGACGGUAUACGGUUGUAUAGACUUGGUAUCAACGAUAAUACAGAGGAAGCUGAGGAAGAUCAAGGAGAAGGACUCUGACCACGGAAGGCACAUGAAAGGCUUCAACAGAUCGAAAGUCAGAGAGCCAGUGAUUGAGCCGGUUGUGGAGGACUCUGAGGAAGAAGAUGAAGAAGAAGAAGAGGGUGAUUUGAUCAAGGAGGUUGUCCGUACCAAGUACUUUGAGAUGCCACCAUUGACCAUCUCUGAGGCUGUAGAGCAGCUGGAAUUAGUCUCUCACGAUUUCUAUGGCUUCCAAAACGAAGAAACCGGUGAGAUAAACAUAUUGUACAAGAGAAAAGAAGGAGGGUACGGUCUGAUCAUCCCGAAGAAAGAUGGCAAGGCUGAGAAGGUCGAGCCGAUUCCAACCGAGCAAUUGAAUGAACACUCUUUCGCCGAGUAG